ACGUGAGCAUAGACCUGGGUACAAUAUUGCUUGAUAACUGAUCAACACUAUAUGGCGGGUGAAUCUUGUGUUUACUUUGAUUUUCAUUAACAAAGGGGGUUAAUUAACAAUGUUAUUGAAAUGAGGAUGAUACGACGGCAAUAUCUUCCCGUUAUUUUUAAUAAAUCAUUUGUGAUUGCUGUUUUUGGACUUGGCGUCACUUUGGUGUUCUCACUCAAGUACGGACUAUUACCAUGGAAACGACUAUACAUGGCACGAAAACCGAUCAGAUACGAUGAUCAGUGCAACAGCUCGAUUUACGACACUAAGAACGGGGUGUACUUGGACUACUCGCCUAUCCAGAAGUACCUCGACGUUCUCUUCCCCACGUCGAUUUCUGAACCUGGGCCCGGGAAGCUUACCCCUGUGUUCGUCACUGGAACUUCGUCAAAUCACUUUCGGGAGUCCAUGCAGAUGCUCGACAACUUCCGGCACACCGUUCGCAAGGUGAUUCCAGGCGCGAAACUCAUCUUCUACAACCUCGGUCUCACUGCCAAGGAAGUUCAGCUGUUAAAAAGCAUGUGCGAUUUGGAGAUGAGAGAUUUUCCGUUCGAAAAAUAUCCUGAUCAUGUGAAACUUCUUUAUGGUUACGCAUUUAAACCAAUAGCGAUUCAGACCGUGUUGAACGAACACCCUCUCGUGCUCUGGCUGGACUCCUCGGUGCGUUUCACGCAGAACAAUCUCGUGGAGCUAUUCGAUGAUGCAAACCGCCUGGAUCUCAUCUGUACAGGGGGCGACGGCACCGUAGCGGGUAGAACACUGGCAAGCACGUUUUGGUACUUCAACAUAGAACCCUGCGCUUUCCGAUCCUUGCCGGAAAUACAAGGUGGAUUCGUCAUUUUUAAGCGAACUGAGUUUAUCGAAAAUAAGAUUGUGAAGCCAUGGGUGGCGUGUGGUUUGACGAUGGGAUGCAUGAUGCCAGACACUACACCCAGGAAAUAUUUGUCCUGUGAACGAAACGUCUACGUCUACGCCGAUUGUCAUCGCUUUGAUCAGUCGGUCCUAGCUAUCCUGUUAUACACGACGUAUGGGACGCGUUUAGAACAACAUAAAAGAAGUUUUUAUGGUCCCUAUUAUAUUCGAUGUACAAUAGGGUGCACAUGGGAUGGAGAUGUGUGAUGUAUAUCAAUUAAUAAACAAUGAUUGAUAUUAUAUAUUGUAGUUUUAUAUUGCUUGUUUUUAAUUUUUAAUUUGCCCCAACCCCUGCGUUUAAAUGGACGUUUUCACAGAUAGCCGAAAUGACAAUUUUCCUUUUAAAAAAGGUACGUGUAUUACCUACAUGGCAUUUUCAAAUAUUUCGUUAUUGCUCAAGCCUCAACGAUUCAGCGAUGGCGCGUUACAAUUAACUUCUUACGAUGCUAAAUUGUAUUUUUGAUAACGUUUGAAAUUAUUUUUGUCAUUGGAUAUUGGAUACUUGUAUAAUUUUAUUUUUGUUUUGUUAAAAAAAUGUGCACUUACAUUUCUAAGAUGAAGUGGAAAAUCUCCCAUUAAUGAAGAGCAAAAGUGUUUGUCACGAAUGGACUACGACAAUAUGGUAUAAUUCUGCGAUUGUUAUGCAAUUAUGUUUUAAUAUGGAUAUAAACAACAAAGCGUCCGAAAAAAAGGAAAACUAUUUUACCUCAGUAUGGCUAUUUUUAUAAGAACAGAAAUCAUUGAGAGAAAAAUAACACAAAGUGGUGUAGUCGUAUAAUUACACCAGAAUAAACAGAACUGUAACUCAAUGCGUAUUCCAAGUGGUAUGCAAGACUAUACUACCGUUUUGUAAGAAUCGCAUAAUGUCUGACGUCAAAUUUUAAUCAAGAAAAGACCAAUAAAACACCACAAUGUUAAAUCUAUGAACGUUAAAGCAAUCCCCUUAUUAGUUAUGCGUUUUAUUUAAUUUGAGUCCUGUGCAAAUAAAACUUUUGUGGAGUUUACUGCAAAUAUCAUUUGUGGGACCUAUCAUACACACAAUUCCAUUUUGUUAGAGAAGUAAUUUCCUAUAUCGUUAUCAUUUUCUUUA